CCGGAAGUGCCGCGGUUGCUAGCCUGCAGGUUGCUAGGCAGCGGCGUCGCGUCUCACUUGGGCCUUGCCCGGCUCCCAGGCAUGGGGGACUCGGAGGGCGAGGUUUUGCGGGGGACCUUCCCCAGCCUCAUGGCGGAAGGGACGAUGCUGAGCCGGCGCGGGGAGCUUGCCAAGGCGCUGACUUGCUACACCUACGUGAGAAUUGGCCGUGCUCGUGGGGCAGGAGGGGGGUGGGAAGGGAGGGAGGGGGCGAAGCUGGUUCGUGAAUAGGAAUGAAGGGAGGAGGGGACGUUGCCGCUGGGCACUUGGGGUCGAGCUGAUGGUGUUUAUCACAUGGCCAGGCAUACCUGGGACCCUCAAAUACGAGAAGAAGCGCCUCCCCCCCCCCAUAGCUGCCAACUUUUCCCUUUUCUUUCGAGGAAUCCUAUUCGGAAUAAGGGAAUUUCCCUUAAAAAAGGGGGAAAGUUGACAGCUAUGCUCCCCCCCACAUCCUCCAGAUGUGGCCUUUGAGAAGCCCGAUGUGUCCUGAGGGUAUAAGAAGAGCCUUGCUGGAUCAGGCCGGUGCAUUCAUUCAUUCAUUAGUAGAAUUGUAGAGUUGGGAGGUACCCCCAAGGGUCAUCUAGCCCAACCUCUUGCCAUGCAGAAAUCUCAACUCAAGCAUCCACGACAGGUGGCCAUCCAACCUCUGCUACUUGUAGAGAAAAUUACAGUGGUACCUCAGGUUACACAAGCUUCAGGUUACAGACUCCGCUAACCCAGAAAUAGUACCUUGGGUUAAGAACUUUGCUUCAGGAUGAGAACAGAGCUCGGGCUCCAGCAGUGCGGUGGCAGCGGGAGGCCCCAUUAGCUAAAGUGGUACCUCAGGUUAAGAACAGUUUCAGGUUAAGAACGGACCUCCAGAACGAAUUAAGUUCUUAACCCGAGGUACCACUGUAAUGGGACGCGGGUGGCGCUGUGGGUUAAACCACAGAGCCUAGGACUUGCCGAUAAGAAGGUCGGCGGUUCGAAUCCCCGCGACGGGGUGAGCUCCUGUUGCUCAUUCCCUGCUCCUGCCAACCUAGCAGUUCGAAAGCAUAUCAAAGUGCAAGUAGAUAAAUAGGUACCGCUCCGGCGGGAAGGUAAACGGCGUUUCCAUGUGCUGCUCUGGUUCACCAGAAGCGGCUUAGUCAUGCUGGCCACAUGACCCAGAAGCUGUACGCUGGCUCCCUCGGCCAAUAAAGCGAGAUGAGCGCAGCAACCCCAGAGUCGGCUAUGACUGGACCUAAUGGUCUGGGGUCCCUUUACCUUUACCUUUACCUUUACCACUAUAAUACAGGAUCCAUUGCUAAGAAAUGGGGAAUAGUGAAGGAACUGUGGCUUGCCAAGUGAUUCUUGGCAGGAUAAAAGCACAUCCCAGGUUUGUUUGUUUUUUAGCACACCCCAGUUUUCAUCUACGAAAUGUUGAAUGGUAUAUAAUGAUCAGUUAGCAGUUGUAAGUAUACUUUUGAGACUGGGCAUCGUGUUUUUGUGUGUUGCUAGGCCCUGCAACUCCAGCCAGGUGACAGGAACUGCCUUGUUGCCCGUUCAAAAUGCUACCUGAGACUUGGAGAUACAGAAAAUGCCUUGAAGGAUGCUGAAGCCUCCUUGGCAGCUGACAAAGGGUUUACCAAGGUAGGUAACCAAAAGGUGGAAAGGCCUGCACCAACCCAAAGGGUUCCCUUUCAAAAUUUAUUGUGGAGUAUCUGGUUUGAUGGUGGAAGGGAGUUAUGGUUCUGUCUCCCCUCUUUUCUUAACCUAGAAGGAAAGAAGGGUAACUAAUAACUUCCAUAAAAGAACCCAACCUUCAUGUCAUUCUUUGUUCUGCAACUAUCUUUCUAAACCAUUUGGCAUAUUAACCAGGUUAGAAAAUUCUGUUGCAAGCAAACCAGAGCAGAGGUUCAAAAGGACAGUUGGAUUGGAAGGGAGUCUCUUCAGUGGACUUCAAGCUAAGACCCUUCUUCAAGUUGUCCACAUCUCAGAAAUUAUCAAACUGGGACAAGCAAGCUGCUUGAGUGCAUUUCUUGAGGAUGGUAUUUUUUGUUUACUCGUAUGAACAAGUUUACAAUAUAUAGCUCUCUUAUUGUCUAUCUGUUGUCUUUCCCACCCCCCACCCCCAAUAUUUUCCCUCUUUGUUUCAGGGCCUAUACCAGAAAGCAGAGGCAUUGUACACUAUGGGGGAUUUUGAAUUUGCCUUGGUCUAUUACCAUCGAGGCCACAAGAUCCGCCCAGAGUUGCCACAAUUCAGGCUGGGCAUUCAAAAAUCCCAGGAGGCAAUUGAAAAUUCUGUUGGAAGUAAGCCAUGUGAUUUUUUAUUAGGGGAUGGAAUCUAAUUGACUGCUAGACCUGAGCUUCAACUUGACUGAGAAUGCAUGAAUAAAAGAGAAACUAACAACAAAGAUAAUAGGCUGUCUAAACUAGCUAAGCAGAGUGCAAGGCAGAGCAGAGCAAGGACCUUAGAGAAGGCAUGAAGGUAUUUUGCAAAACUAAGGACAUAUUUGUAUCCCUUUAAUUUUAUUUGAAUUGAAUUUUGUCAAUAAAGCAGACAGUAAAAUAAACUCGAGAUCACACAUACAAGCAAUCCAACAGAAAAUCCUUUGAGUCUUCAAAGUCCAGGUAGAGAUUUUAUUUUUCAUUGGCCAUCCUAUUUUCUUAUCUAUGCACAAUAUUACUGAGCCUUUUUGAUGAUGGAGCUGGUCAUGUGAAACUCCUUUCAGAAAAAGUCUCAACCUCCAAUUUCUAUUUUAAAAGGCUUGUAUGCUACAGCUGUGAAAAAAGCAAAUUCAUUGUUAUUAGGGGAGAGAUAAAAAUAAAGGAAGUACCAUAGGCUCUUACAGAAAGCUGUGGUUUAUCCGCAGUUGGAAUAUUUUGUGGAGUUCUGGUCCAGGCUGUUUCCAAAAAAAUGUCAACGCUGAAAAAGAUACAGAAAGGGGCAACUAAAAUGAUCAAGGAGUUCUAGCCUCUUCUCUUGCACGGUUUGCAUGCUGCUUCCCAAGGGAUUCCUUGCUAAUGUUUUUGGCAGGUGAUUUUCAGGGCCUUCCUGACUUCUUGGCUCAGGGGUAGGCAACCCCAGAUGUGGCCCAAUCGCCUUCUCAAUCCGGCCCACGGACGGUCUGGGAAUCAGUUUUUACAUGAGUAGAAUGUGUCCUUUUAUUUAAAAUGCAUCUCUGGGUUAUUUGUGGGGCCUGCCUGGUGUUUUUACAUGAGUAGAAUGUGUGCUUUUAUUUAAAAUGCAUCUCUGGGUUAUUUGUGGGGCAUAGGAAUUCUUUCAUUUUUUUUCCUUCAGAAUAUAGUCCGGCCCCCCACAAGGUCUGAGGGACAGUGGACUGGCCCACGGCUGAAAAAUGUUGCUGACCCUUGUCUUGGCUGGUGCUUUCUCUGUUUGUAGGCCCUUCUUCUGUGAAACUGGAGAACAGAGCAGACCUCUUCUUUCUGAGUCGCCAGGCAGAGGUAUGGUCUCACCAGUUUUUCCCAAAGUGGGUCUCUGAUCCCUUCAUUAGGAGGGAAUAGAAGAUAUGGUAAGGAGUUCAAGGCAUAGAUACAGGUUGUUGCGGGGUGGGCACAGGGAGGAUGUUUGAGUCUGAAGCUAUUUGGUCUUUCUCUUGCAUGACAAUAACAUGGUUCACACAUAAUGCUAAACUUUAGCGUGAAUAAGUGCGGGUUCCCAGAUGGAGAAUCUUGACUGCAGUGUUCUUUUUGAUCCUGCCACAGUACUCAGGGCUAAGCCAUGAUCUGGCUUAAUGUUACAUCUGAAUCUGGGCUUGUAGUUUGUCUCCCCCCACAGUUACAGUUUGGUUGCAGGUCAUGAUUUCUACCUGCUGUGCUGCUUUUCUUCCCACAAGAAGUACUGCAGAGAAAAUGAUAAGUUUUUUCCCUUGCAAAAUUUAUUUUUUACACUUUUUUAUGUAUGUGGCAGAGUAAAAGAGCAAAACAGAAGCUUCAGGUCAAAUUUCCUAAAAAGGAUGCAAAGUACCUAGGCAGACAGGAGCCUGUGAGGAAUGAGAAAACCGAACGGCAGCUGCUGGGGGAGCUCUACGUUGACAAGGCUUUCCUGGAGAAAUUGCUCAAGGAUGAAGGUUUUUGAUUACUUCAUUUGGCUAAUGCUGGGCUUGGGAGUUUCAGGACUGCAAAUGUCAUCAGGCAGUCUAGCAAUUACAACCCCCCUGUGAGGCUGACUGGGUAUUUGCAGGAAUGCAAGGUUUCUAAGGGAUUUCCCAAAACAGUCAUUUUCAAACUCUUGUUUCUGGGCUCUUCGAUUAAAAAAAAAGACCAACAAACUUCCUCAAAAGAUGGCUUGCUCACUGUAUUGGUCUCCCCCUGCAAUAUGAAACCUUAGAAAUGUAUUACCAGUUGGAUACAUGUUUGGUUCAUGAGGGAUGUUGUUGGAGUGCACAAGGCUUAGCCAGUGCUUCAUGUCAACUGUGUGAAUACCCUUGAACAUGGAUAGCCAACGUGGUGCCCUCUAGAUGCUGUUGGACACCAACUCCCAUCAGCCCCAUCCUUCAUGGCCAGAGGUCAGGGAUGAUGGACGUUGUAGUCCAAUCACACCUCGAGGGCACCACAUUGCUUACCUCUGCCCUAGAACGUGUCCCCAAAUCUUCAACAACGCACAGAGUUUCCUAAUAAAUGAAGAUUCUUGAAGAUAAACCACCAUGUUAAGGGUUGUGAGCAGCAUCUGCCUUACAGGUUGUAUUGGUUUUAAUUGUCACUGGUGCUGGAUUGUGUUUUAUUCUUUUAUGUCAUUUUGAUAUUUCUUUAUUAUAGUACAGUCGUACCUUGGAAGUCAAAUGGAAUCCAUUCUGGAAGUCCGUUCAACUUCCAAAAUGUUCGGAAAGCAAAGCAUGGCUUCCGAUUGGCUGCAGGAAGCUCCUGCAGCCAAUCGGAAGCCGUGGAAGCUGUGCAGGAUGUUCGGCUUCCGAAAAUCAUUCAAAAACUGGAACACUCACUUCCGGGUUUCGAUCAUUCGGGAGCCGAUUUGUUCAGGAGCCAAGGCGUUUGAGAUCCAAGGCACGACUGUACUGUUUGCUGCUUUCAGAGCUUUCUGGCUGAAGAGUGGCAGGCAAAUUCCGAAACCAAAAUAAAAACAGUGCUACUAUUUGCUGUUUACCUAGCCCUAUAGCAGCAUCCAAUUACAAGUCACAAACAUUACUUCGUUAGUGAAAAUAUGGUUACAUGCCUUCCCAACCUCUGAGCGGUGCGAGAUUCCAGGAGUUCCAGGCACUUGCGCAGGAUCUGUGUUUCCUUUUGGAAAUGAGGCACAGCGGAAACUGUGGUGUCUUUAGGAUAUAUGGUUUAUUUACCCAUAUAUACAACCUGAGCCUUCUAUGGAGGCGUUCGCAGCAUCAGCACCCCAAAGGGGUCUUGCUUCUCCCAUAGCCAAAGCCCUGGAUUCAAGCAGAAAUCAGCCGUGGCUUUUUUCUCUGCUUUUUGAACCUGCAUCUUUUCCCUCUAGGUCACAUGACAGCAAACUAUGCCCUUAAAAAAACCAACUUGGGUUAUACGGAUUAGAAAUCUGGUACCCACAAUCUCAUAACAAUAUGAAGUCCACACAAAGUGGGGGAACAUCUGUGUGUUCCAGCAAAGAGAGGAUGUGUCUAUAAAGAGGCAUCUUCCCUAAGCCAGUCAUAUAUAUGUAAAUACUGUAACGUAAACUCUCCCUUUUUGUUUGUUUUUUAAUCUGUCUGUCUCUGCCUAUGGUCUCCCUGCAGACUUGACCAAAAGCACCACGAAGCAAGGGGUGACUGUUGGACGCCUGAUCCAGGAAGGGCUUUCCUACCUCGAUACCCGCACAGAUUUCUGGCAGCAGCAGAAACCUAUCUACGCCCGGAUCAGAGACCGCAAGCUCAUGCUUAAGAGAUGGACAAGAGAUCAAAAGCGGAAGCCAUCCGAGGUGGCCAGAUACAUCUUAAAGAGCAUGGAGGACAUUGAUAUGUGUAGGUGGCUCAGUUGAAAAUGUGCUGGCUGUUUUUUGUUUUUGUUUUAAACAUUUGGUUACAAUUAUGCACAAUGAAACAAAAAGAAGGGGGGGGAAUGCAAAUAAAAGGCCCCAUGCAUGGUUUCUUUGUUAAAUACACCCACAAGGUUAUAAAACAUGAGGGAGCACUUAUAAAUAAGAAAACCAUAUUAUUAUUAUUAUUAUUAUUAUUAUUAUUAUUAUUAUUGCAUUUCUUUCUUUCCCCCGUUUGUUUGUUUGUUUGUUUGUUUGUUUGUUUAUUUAGACAAAGCAAUAAUCAUAAACAAAUAAGAAUAAAAAUGUGCACCCCACCACCAAGAACAUUCCUUUGUAACUAUCCAACCUCCCAAAAUUUCAACACCUCUUGCGAUGGUUUGACCCCUUUCCAUAAUUCUAUGAACACCUUCCAUAUCUCCUCAAAAUCAUUUCUCCUGUGUAUUCCCCAUCUUACCUUGAUGGCACAUGUUAAUUUAUCAUGAAUAGCUAUAAUCCCACACCUCUUUAUACCGUUCUUCCAUUUUAUAUUUAGAAUGAACUGAUCCACUGGGUCUUGUUCGUUUGUUGAACUUUAUGAGUUACUUCUGUUGAAGUUUACAAUUUGAUACAAUGAAUAGUAUACCUUAUUUAUUUAAGAACACAGCUGGUUAUGUCUCGUGUGUUUAUUGAUAAUGCUUUACGUGACCAUAGGUUUGUUUGUUGUUGUUUUGUUGGGAAUAGACAGACAAGUCUCAGGCCCCUGUGGGGUAGUGUGGGGAGGCACCUCUCCUGGGGUGGGGGCAGCUCAGAGACCGGGGGCAGCGGCAGUGGCUCCUUGGAGGACUCCCAAAGAGCGGGGAGAGGAGAGGAGGCUGAGGGAACACUCCACAAGGGAGGGUGUUUGAAAAAGGGUGAGAGCUCUGCAGGCAAGGGGUGACAUUACUGGGCUCCUGAGCCCCACAGGGGUGCUGCAGAAAGAAUGUAGGUGGUCAAGGGAGCUGUGGACUCAAAAAGGUUGAAAACCUCUACCCUAGUUUAUGUUGCAAGCUGCCCUGUGAUCUUUGGAUGAAGGGCAGUAUAUAAAUUUAAUAAAUAAUGAUAAUAAUGGCUGCCACCAAUAGCCACAUGGUAAAUUUUUUGUAGUGAAGUUAUUGACAAUGCUUGUCCCAUAGAUUCAGGAGUGAGAGUUGUAGGGUCAUUGGUACAGAAUUCUUUAAGAUCUUAGACGGUUCCUGAUACACAGGAGUCAGAAACAUUUUUACAAUUCCAUUUACUGGCCAAUACGGUAAAAUCCAAAUCUGUUUCCCCGAAGCAUUUUAAGACCUGUGAGGGGUCCCAUUGAUUCAAUCAAUUCCCUAUAUAUAUAACAGAAAAUAUGCUGACUUGAAAUAACAGAUAUUAAUGGAGACAUUUGUUUGCCCCAUCAAAUAAGAAUUGAAUUAUAGCACUCUAGGCAGGAUGUUCUGAGCAUGAAAAUGUACUUUUCUAAACUCUCACAUUGCACAAAUAUAUAUAGGCUUCAGAAUUUCACCUGACUCCUGUAUUAACUGAGCUUAGACCCUGGAGGUGUAAAAAGUAGGGUGUUGUGUAUUUGAAUUCUUGCUAAAAAAAACAAAACAAGAGCCAGUACCUGUUAGCCGAUUCUCUGGAGGUAGCCUCUCUCUUAUUCUAUAGGGACCCAAUGAAAUAUAGAAGAAAAUGGACUCAGGUUGGUCUAUGUAGUCAGGUCACUUUCAUAGCUUGAAAGAAAAGUUGCCUUUUCUUUCUGAACUUCUUCCAGGGAUUACAGGGAGCAAGCCCCCAAAUCUAUUUCAGAAGCCACCAGAGUUUCUGCUUGCAUUUGCAACAACUAUUUCCCUCUAUGAUAAAGAUUACAUAAACAUUUGGUAAACGUAUCCCCAGGUAAAAGGGACUCGGGUGUCAAGAACGGGAAAGACCUGUACCUGAACCAUUGCUAGUCAGAGUUGACCAAUAAGAGAGACCAAUGAUCUGACUCCUUACAUUGAACUGUAGACAAAUCACGAGAAAGAAUUGUCUUCCUGGAUCAGGCUAAAGGUCCUUCUUGUUUGGCAUCCUGUUUUCAGUAGUGACCUGGCAGAUGGUAGGAGCUGGUGUAAGUGCUAGCAAACAAGAUGGAUAGUGAAAAUAGGUAAUGUGAGAUGCCAUUUUGGAGGGGGAGGGUGUCCAAAUUUGGGAUAACCUAAUGAAUUGGGGGUAGUUAACAUGCAUCAUAUGAGCACACACUUUCUUCUUCUUUUUCUUCCCUUCCCCGUCAAGUGUUGACUAGCGGCAGCCCUGAAAGAAGCUGCCAGAAAGCUGAACAAGUGCUGAAAAAGAUCCAAGGCUGGUCUGACGAAGAGAUCCCCAACAGGAGCGAACUGGUUGGAAACCUCUACAGCUGCAUUGGAAAUGCUCAGAUUGAGAUGGGGAACAUGGCAGCAGCUUUGCAGAGCCACCAGGUGGAUCUGGACAUUGCAAAAGAAAAGUAAGGAAGGCCAGCCUACUCCUUUUGAGGCUGCUUGAGUGCCCGUUCCAUGCUGCCAUCAUUUAGCCAUAGCUGUGUACUCUUUAUUUCAGGACAGGAGUUCGGAAUGUGUUGAAUUGUUCAAAUCUCAGUUUCUGCUGGAAAAAAGAGGGGUAGGGGAACACUUACGGUUUCUAGCCCUUAUGGUUGCGUAAAAAAUGGAUGCAGGCAGUGCCUGGUGAUAUCCUCUGAGCUGGAGAUGACAGAAUUGGGCCUACUUGUUGGCAGAAGAGGCUCCGGUACUCUGUACAGCUUCCCCAAUCCAACAGAGUUGGAGAAUCUAGCCCAGGGGUCCCCAAACUAAGGCCUGCGGGCCGGAUAAGGCCCGAGGGACUUGUUUAUCUGGCUUGCGCCGAUGCUCUUACCGGCGCUGCACUGCACGGCUGCCCACUUCUGGGUCAGAGGAGCACCAGAAAUAGCUUGUGCGCAUGUGCAAGCAUUAUUUGAACAUGCGCACAAGCUAUUUCUGGUGCACAUCCAACCCAGAAGUGCACUGGAAAUAGUGUGUGCGCACGCGUAUGGGCACGCGCUCCCCCGCCCUCCGGCCCACCGCGCAAUCGGCGCUGGAGGUCUAGCCCGACAACCUGUUCCACAGACUCUCCCCAUUCCCUUCUCUCCCCUCUCCUAUUCCUUGUUCCAAAUGCCUGUGUCUUUGAAAACCUUGUUUUCAGGAGCAGGAUAAACAGAGACUGGCAGAUUUGUUUGUGUUUUUCUUAGAAGGACACACGCUUACCAGCAUUUCGAAUGUUAGUUUAGUAUUGCAAGAUUCAGGUAGGUAGCCGUGUUGGUCUGACAUAGUCGAAAUAUAUAUAUAAAAAAUUAAAAAUUGUCCAGUAGCACCUUAGAGACCAACUAAGUUUGUUCUUGGUAUAAGCUUUCAUGUGCAUGCUAGGUUAUUUGUCCUGCUCAGGGCUUACAUCAGAAGGCCAUGAAGCAGGGGUUAGUUGCAAUGUCAGCCAGGGCUUCCUAGUAGCUGAGCCCAUAGACUGGGUGCUUGGAAUAAGAGGCUGAUAGAGGGGAGAGUGUGGGGAUGAGGAGGAAAACUAGCCACAGGAACAAGUGUAUUUCUAGUUCACCCAGGGCAUGGUCUCAAGUCGAUCAGGUCUGUGUGUCUUCAGUAGGAGACCUCCUGAGAACCAUAGGGAACCAUAUGUAUGCUGUCUAGAAGGAAAGCUAGGAUACAGACUACCCAUACUGUCAGUUAGAAUUAAGUUGCCUUAACUUGCCUUCUUCUGACCCAUGAGUACCAGUCUUUCCAGAAUUGCAAGCAGUAGGGUUCCAGUUUGUAAUCAUCAUCAUUAUCUCUGGGUGAGCCAUGAAAGCUACUGAUAGAAUGAUUGCGCUCUCUAGCUGCUAAAAUGUUUAGGGCAAGCCAUUAAAAUCAAAGUCAAAUCACUAUUCCUUGCCAUAUUGCUCUCCCAGAAUGUGAGUAUCCAAAUUCAUAGGGAUAUCCUCCCCCAGGGAAGGUGGUGCUCCAAGCAAGGUACAGAUCUGUUCCAGAAUCCCUGACCUACUGCAAAUAAAUCACGUUUUAAAAUCAGCCUCUUCCUUUCCUCCUUAUACACUUGUUUCCUGCUUUCAUAGUUGUUUUCUUUUGUUUCUUCCUAGUUCAGCACUUUAGAGUAGAAUCCAGCAGAUUCUACUCUAAAGACUUCUGCUGUGUCCUAAUGUCCCUCCAUUUCAUACCUUGUUCCUUUGUUGUCCAACGUCUCUGGACAAAUUCAUGAUUCAAAUGGCUUUAUAACACCCCAGAAAAGCAUCGUUGCAUUUUAAAGAUGGCUCUGCAGCACAGUUUUUGGGCAAAUUCCCCUGUGCCUAUAUUUUAGAUUGAAAGCGGCUUGUGGCAUGGAUCUCCCACCUUCUUCGUUAUCCUCUUUAAACUCACACACACACACAGCUUUCGUUUGGUCCAUAGACCUAAAAUCCUUUAAACUGUUACAAGCACUGACAAUGAACUGUAAAUUAAUACAUACAGCUGGGGCAACAUACAGGGGCUGGGGAAGGAGGGUAGGUCAGAAACCUCUCGGGGGAUUUUGAAGUAGCAACCCAGCUUUCAGAUCACUCAUUUUUGCUUCUUCUUGCAGCAACCUGACUGAUGCCAUCUCCAGAGCCCUUGACAAUAUUGGCAGAGUGCAUGCCCGCAUGGGCAACUUCCAGAACGCCAUUGACACGUAGGUGGAACCCAAAGAAAAAUAGUCAGGCCUCCAUGCCUCUUGCAUAUUUAAGGAUGGUCUCCUAACGCAUCUGCCUCACCUUCAUUCUGUAAACUGAAACAGCUUUUACUCUCAUGGUUUCCUUUCAAGGGAUUUUUGGAGUUGUAGCAUUUGGAGAGGAUGAAGGACCUUCAACAGCGGGUGGCCAGCCGCCCCACAAAUGUGCUGCUCCUAAAUCUUUUGAAAGAAGCAAUGGCAUACUUGACACACACACAUCUUGACACACAGGGAUGAUUUUCUCCCAUACUUCUGCUACAUGAGGAUGAAGGGAUGGGAGUUUCGGGGGUUGGGUCACCUAGAUUCUACAGAAUGUAGAAUCUAGGGAAGGGAUUUCCCAAGGGGUGAGGGGCAUUGAAAACUGUGAAGGUCAGGCAGGUACAAAGAAUAGAAGGGUACAAAUAGAGGUGCCAUUAGUUGCCAUCUCUCUCCCCCCCCCCAUCCCACCAAGUGCCUUUUGUCUCCAUCCCUGGCCUGCUGGGUACCAAUUCUUAACUUGGGGAUGGGAAAUCUGUGGCUCUGCAGAUGUUGCUGGUGUAUAACUUCCCAUCAUCCCUGAGCCUCAGGGGGCCUGACAACCCUAAGUAGCAUCUAUAAGGAAAUGGAAAGUUGGGGCCAAGGUCCUGUGGAGGGCUGAGUGCACUCUUAAACGGCUUUCGCAAUGCAUACCUGAAAGAGAGUCUCCACCCCCAUCGUUCAGCCCGGACACUAAGAUCCAGCUCAGAGGGCCUUCCGGCGGUUCCCUUAUUGUGAGAAGUGGGGUUAAAGGGAACCACGCAGAGGGCCUUCUCAUUGGUUGUGUCCACCCUGUGGAAUGCCCUCCCAUCAAAUGUCAAGGAAAUAAAGAACUAUUUGACUUUUAGAAGACAUCCCUUGUACAGUCAUACCUCGGGUUAUAGUCACUUCAGGUUGCGUUUUUUUCAGGUUGCAGACCGCCGAAACCUGGAAGUACCAGAACGGGUUACUUCCGGAUUUCGGUGAUCGCGCAUGCGCAGAAGCACUAAAUCACGCUUUGCACAUGUGCAGAAGCACGGGAUCGCAACCUGCGUGUGCACAGACACGCAGACAUGGGUUGCGAACGCUGCAGGUUGCGAAUGUGCAUCCUGUACGGAUCACGUUCGCAACCCGAGAGUCCACUGUAUAGGGAAGUUUUUAAUGUUUGAUGUCUUACUGUGUUUUAAUUUGUUGGAAGCCACCCAGCAUAGCUGGGGUAACCCAAUCAGGGAAGAAGCCCUGGUCUUGAAAGAGCCAGGAAAGCUACUCUUCAGACCUUAAUUUUAUUUCCACGGUUAGUUGCAAAAUUCUGUUUUAUUUCGAAAAGCUGGGAAGAAAAGAUUCCACUUGUGAAGAGCAACCUGGAGAAGACUUGGCUGUUCCACGAAAUGGGCAGGUGCUACCUGGAGCUCAACAAAGCGGCGGAGGCUCGGGACUUUGGCGAAAGGUCCUUGCAGUGUGCAGAGGAAGAAGGAGACAUUGAGUGGCAGCUCAACGGCGGUGUAUUGGUGGCACAAGCACAAGGUGAAUCGCUUUGCACAAACCCUUUCUUCACUAGCAGGGUCAGUGUGAGCUCCACAAGGCUCUAGGGCCACUCCCCCCCCCCAUAGGAGCAGGCUAGGCAAUUGCCUGGAGUGCCAGGAUCUAGGUGGGGAGGCUGUUUUCCUGAAAAAGAGAGCACAUUGGGAGAUGACUACUAGAGACAGCUUAGCAUCUUGUCAGCUGGUUGUUGUUUUUUUAAAAUCUGCAUUUAAAGGGACACAAUCUCUUAUGGAUUUCUGUUUGCUGCCUAGAGCAUAGACACUUGUUCAAGAGGAAGUGGUGGGUGGGUGGGUGGGGAGUAGCAUAUUAAGAACAGAAAUGAAUAAAUUAUAUUCUAGUCAAUUCUGUUACACCUAAGGAAGUUAGAUUAGCCUUAACCAGAGCCAGGGCCUUCUCAACACUGGCUCCGGCCUGGUGGAAAGCUCUGUCUCAUGAGACCAGGGCCCUGCGGGAUCUAAUUUCUUUCCAUAGGGCCUGUAAGACAGAGUUGUUCCACCUGGCCUUUGGCUUGGAAUCAGUUUGAUUCCCUCCCCCUUUCUUUUUCCUUUCUCCUCCUGUGAAGAAGCUGCAUCCUAAUGUUUUAAUGUUGUAUCUUAAUCUUUUAAAUUGUAUUUUAAUCAACUUGUUUUUAUUAUUGGUGUUAGCCGCCCUGAGCCCGGUCUUGGCUGGGGAGGGCAGGGUAUAAAUAAAUUUAUUAUUAUUAUUAUUAUUAUUAUUAUUAUUAUUAUUAUUAUUAUUAUUACACUCCUCAGGACACCAGUGUUUGGAUAUGUUGUGCAAAAUUGUUUUCAUUUGACAUGGGCAGCAAAUAAUUUGGCGGAUCCAGAGUAUAGAACUAGAAUUCUCACUCAGACCUUGACAUGCUGAUGGGGGAAAAAUUUUGAAUGCUUUGGUUCUUGUGCCUCCAACCAAAUGGAGCUUUGGACCAGGGCAUGCAAUUGCUGGGGUGAAUGAGAGAAAUCAAACAAAAACAUUGUGUUGGAUCCUGUAAUGAGAAUUAUGCAAAUGUCCAUCCCCUGCUCCCGAGUUAAAAAGAAAAAUCCUUUACAAAAAUUUAGUUGUUUUUUUUAGUUUUGCCAAUUUUUGCCCGGACACUGCUUCCGACAGCAGUAUUCUGGGUAUGUCUGGAAAAUUCCGGAUGUAUGGCAACCCUAUGGUAUGGAAUAUUCACAGUCCAGGAUUAAAAUGCUGGUUUUAUUUUGCUGAAGGAAACUAAUGGUUGGACUAAAUUAUGCAUAUUUAAAAGUAUGUAUGCUUAUAUUGCCACCAACUAACUUAAUUCACCGUAUUUUUCACUCUAUAAGACGCACCAGACCAUAAGACACACCUAGUUUUUGGAGGAGGAAAACAAGGGAAAAAAAAUCUGAAUCUCAGAAGCCAGAACAGCAAGAGGGAUCGCUGUGCAGCAAAAGCAGCAAUCCCUCUUUCUGUUCUGGCUUCUGGGAUAGCUGCGUAGCCUGAAUUCACUCCAUAAGAUGCACACACAUUUCCCCUUACUUUUUAGGAGGGGAAAAGUGAGUCUUAUAGAGCAAAAAAUACGGUAAUUUGUUUACAGUGCCAAAGAUGGUAUCUAGAAUAUUUUUAGCAGGGAAGAGACUACAUUGAACUGAGGUGUAUAAAGUCCAGAAUUUGUGGGUGCAAACUGUGUGGCCCUUUCCCAAAUUGUAUGAAGGUUCAUGAAUUUGCAGUUUAGGUUUGUGCCCAGUACAGUAGACGUUACACACCUAGUUCCUGUGCAGAUAUUGCAUUCACAUAUCUGGAACAUCAAGUAAUGUAAUAUGUGUGCCCAGGGGUCGGGACAGGGGGGACAGGAAAGACAGGGAUCCUACUUCCCAACCGCACUUCAGUGAGAGUCUGCACACAUAUAAAUUUAUUUUAUUUGAGCCUUUAUUGCUUCAUCCUUAGGUCAACAGUAGUAAAUGACAAUCUCCCACCCCAGUAAAAUAAAAUGAAAGCAGAUGGAAUAUCCUGGCGUUUGGGGACUGCAUCUUACAUUCCUUAUUCUAGAGAGUUCCAGUAAUCAACUGACAAUAUACCACAUGUUUAUUUGUAUAAGUUUCUCUGAAGUCUAUAUCUUGUGUUGAAGUUGAUUGUUUCUUGUUCUUCUUCUUUAAAAAAAACACACACACAGUGAAACUGGAAGAUUUCCAGUCAGCAGUCACCUACUUUGAGAAGGCUCUGGAGCAGGCGAAACGUAUCCAUAACGUUGCUGCUAUGCAGGCGAUCAUUAUUGUAAGUGGUUGGCUAUAACCAAGCGGGGGGGGGAGAUGACAUUAGCAAAAAAAGGGGGGCAGGGGGAGACCAAAGGGACCACUGUGGGGAGAGCAGGAUAUUUUGUGCAUGUUGUUAGGUAAAGUACAUUUAUGUGGGAGUGAAUUCAAUAGUUUAAUUGCAUGCUAUGCAAUUAAAAAAACAAAGUACUUUCUUUUGUUGGUCCUGAAUCUUUCAUUGUUCAGCUUCACUGGAUGUUCCUGGGUUCUAGUAUUAUGGGAAGGAAAGAAAAAGCUUCUCCUGAGACACACGGUGCAUAAUGUUAUAUAUGUCUUAUCAUGUCCCCUCUUGUUCGUCUUUUCUCUAAACUAAAAAGUCCCAAAUGUUGUAACCUUUCCUUCCAGGGCAGUUGCUCCAACCACUCUAUCAUUUUUUUGCCCUUUUCUGAACCUCUUCCAGCUCUAUAAUCUUCCUUUUGAAGUGUAGCUAACUGUACAUAGUAUUCCAACUAUGGUUGUAUGCACAGAUUUGUAUAUCUGUGUUUUUUUAUUGAGUAUUGCUAUAUUCAGUAUUGCAAUACUGGCAGUUCUGUUUUCAAUCCCUUCCAAAUUAUUCCUAGUAUGGAAUUCACCCUUUACACAACUGCCGCACACUGGGUGAAUGUCUUCAUAAAGCUGUAACCCCAAGGUCUCAUUCCUUGUCCAGACCUCAUGGGCAUAUAUGUGAAAUAAGGAUUUUUUUGACUAAGUGUGCAUCAUUUUACACUUGCUUAUAUUGAAUUGCAUUUGCCAUUUUACUGCCUGCUCACCCAAUUUGGAGAGAUCCUUUUGUGGUGUUUCUUGUCAUUCCUGUAGAUUCCUGUCCUGAAGAAUUUGGUAUCAGCAGCAGACUGGGCUAUGUCAUUUCUCACUCCUAAAUCUAGGUCUAGAUAAUUGAUAUAGCAGUUAAGAAGCACAGACCCAAAUACCCAUCCUUGGGGAAAUUCCACUUUCUACAUCCUGCUAAUGGGAGAACUGUCCAUUUAUUCCUCCUUUCUGUUUUCUGUUUCUUAACCAAUUACUGAUCCAUAGGAGGAUCUCUCCUCUUGUUCCAUGACUGCUAAGCUUAUUCAGGAAUCUAUAGUGUGGUACUUUUGUCAAAAGCCGUUUGAUAAUCUAAGCCAGGGUUUCCCCAACUUGGGUCUGUUUUUGGACUACAACUCCCAUCAUCCCUAGCUAGCAGGACCAAUAGUCAGGGAUGAUGGUAAAUGUAGUCCAAAAACAGCUGGAGGCCUAAGUUUGGGAAAGCUUGGGUCUAAGCACACAAUUCAGCUGGAUCACCUCUAUAUACUUCUGGACAUAUGUGAGUUAUAUAGAAUCUUCUUGUUGAGCUGUAAUAUACCUCUGAAUACCAGAUGCUGGGAUAAACUAUAGGAAGAGAUUGCCUUCAUAUUUUGCUUGUUGACUUUUCUUAAAUAUGUGGCUGGUCACUGUGGGAAACGGGAUGCUAGACUGGACGGAUAUUUGGUUUGACCCAGCAGAGAUAUUUCUCUGAUAUAACAGCUAUGCAUUGGUUCUUGUAUCUACAAAGGGGCCCCACAUAAUUCAAACAAUAUUACUGAUUCAUUUAUUCCUCCCCAACCAUAAAUUACCUGACAGUUCAUAGCCAUGACACCUGCAAUUCACUUGAUCUGACAACAACUCACCUGACCCACCCUCAUCUCUGCUACCCUUUUGCCAUCUGCUGGGUUUCAGGCAACUAGGUUUGCGUUUUCAGGUGUCUCUCUUCUCUGUGUGAACCUCUUGAAGAAGAAGCAAAACAGAAUUUCGGUCCUGUCCCCCACAAAUAGUCCUAUCUCAUGGCAAUGCCACUAUAUGCAUAUGGCAGUAGUGGGAAGAGAGACUGAGGCCUGACUCAAGUUUCCCAUUGAAGAUAGCCACCUUAUUUUUGCAGGCACUGGAUGAAGCCAACAAGGGAUUCAUCAAAGAAUUGAAAGAAGAACAGAGGCUUGAAAGGAUGCGUGAGUUGAAAGGUUGGUUCACAUACCAAGCUGUGUACAGAGGAUUUCAGGCAUCCUAUGCUCUGUCUUCAUUUGCAGGGUGUAUACACACAGACAUGCUAACCAGCCGAUUAAGGAGAUUAACUGGGUCUGAAGUAAUUUGGGGUGUUUGUACAGUGGUGGGCCCGGCAUGUGGAGCACACUUUUAGAAAAACCUACAAGAAAAUGUGCUUCAUUCCAGAGUUUAAACCUAGAAAGUGUCAAAACACAGAUUGCAUCAAGAGCCUCCCUAGCACAUUUUGAAGAGUAAAGGUAAAGGGACCCCUGACCAUUAGGUCCAGUCGUGACCGACUCUGGGGUUGCGGCGCUCAUCUCACUUUAUUGGCCGAGAGAGCCGGCGUUCAGCUUCCGGGGCAUGUAGCCAGCAUGACUAAGCCGCUUCUGGUGAACCAGAGCAGUGCACGGAAACGCCGUUUACCUUCCCACUGGAGCGGUACCUAUUUAUCUACUUGCACUUUGACAUGCUUUCGAACUGCUAGGUUGGCAGGAGCAGGGACCGAGCAAUGGGAGCUCAUCCCAUCGCGGGGAUUCGAACCGCCGACCUUCUGAUCGGCAAGUCCAUACCAUUUCCCCAGGCAUAUAAUCGUUGUGCUGUCAAAUAAAGAAAAGAGAGGCAGAUAAAGAAAACUAGUACUUAAAGCCCCAUGCCCUGAACAAAUGUUGAUUACUUCAGGGGCAAUUCAUCAUAAAUCCCCCUCCACAUUGUUGAAGCAAUAAAAUGGUGAAAACCUGAGAACAGGAAGCUUUUAAUUAAAAGCACAAAAACCCUUAAAAAAAGGGAGAAAACCUCAGUAGCAGCCCAUGUUGAAGAAACAGGCAGUGCAAUUAGAUUUUAAUUUUAAUUGGGGAAAAAUAGCCACAAAUCACCUCUUGAAAAACAGUAGGAGAAUGAAAACUAAACAAUAAUACAGCAGUUUGGUAACCAGCUUGUCUGGACACUCUGCAAAAAGAAGUGAGUAAAGGAUGGCAAUUUCAAGGGAAAGGGCUAAUGUGUAAACAUCCUUAACCCAUAUAACCCAUAUGAAUAAAAUUCAUCCAGAUGUUUUGAAGUGUUGUAUCAAGACUAACCUGUAGGUGGUAGCAUUUCUCCAGUUUCCUCCUUGUUCUUAUCCAGCAAAUGGAUAAACUCUCUCCUUUUGUUCUUGGCUAAUCAUAGGUUUUAUAGGUUACUUGAGUUUAGCCUUAAAUUUUACUGUUAGCGAUGUACUCUGAUAUUAGUAGCCUGAGUGUCGUCCUGCAUCCAUUUUCUGGAAUAAUAAAAAAGAGAAUUUUUGAGUCUGCCUUACACACCACGCUUCUCCCAACGCAGGAGUCUUCCACAUCUCUAUUCAAAGAGCAGUCACAUUAUAUCAAGACACCGAGGAGAAGGCACACUAUCUGUCUAAGCUCCUGCAGACGUUCUAAAUGGGAAGCAAAACCCAUUAACUGAGUCUCCCCAUUGGCUCAGCCACAAAAUUUGCUAUGAUUAUAGCCUCAGGCAAACUGCUUUGUUGUCACAGUCUGUAAAAUGGGGUGAAUGCCAUAAGACCAUAAACUGCUAGGGUAGAAGCGAGCUAAGAAAUCCUAGGGAGGAUCUUCUCUGAGAUUCCAUUUCUUUCCCAGAGUUAGAAGAUGAGGAGGAGGAGGAAGAAGAAGAAGAAGAAGAACAAGAGGAGGAGAAGAAGAAGGAAGAUGCUGGGGCUGCAGACACAGGAGAGCGUACAUCAAAAAAGCCAGAAGAGGAAAAGGCUGGGAAAACUGAAACUGAAGGAGAGAAACAGGUAUCAGGCACGGAGGGCGGAGAGACAAUUGCACCCAAGGAUGGGGAGAAGAAGCAAGAGGAGGAGGAAGAAAAGUCACAAGGAGAAAGCGGGGGAGGAAGUCAGAAAACAGAAGACGACAACACAGGAAAGUCGGGUGAGAACAUUCCAGGAUGAGGCCUGUGGAAGCUUGCCCUUGGGAACUCUUGGUUUAUAACUCUGGAAGUGUCUUUUCCAUGGUGUCAUCUGUUUUGCUCCAGAUGUCUUCUCCCCAAGUCACUUCCGGUGCCUUCCAGGGCAUUCAAAAAUAACCAUUUUGCUUUCAGGUAGUUUCAAGGGGGCUCUAAGAAUGUAGAGAAAGUUGCCAUUUUAUGUAAGACACCCCCAAAAGCUACUGUUUAGGUAACUUCAGGAAGAAGGAACUGUUCUAACCAUUAAAAAGCCUUCAAAUGCUACCUGUAGUGAUAUAUUUUGUUUUCACUGACCAUCUCAAGCAACUGAGAUUAAUCUUAAUUGCAAGCUAGAUAACCGAUUAGGAAAAUCCUUCAAUCAGUUAAUGCCAUAGUGCUAAUGUAAGCAAAGGAACAAGAAACUUUUUUUUAAGAUGCUGGGAAGAAGUUCAACUGGUUAGGGCCUGAGAUUCACCUAUAAAUGCAUGCCGGGAGUUAUGCAUUUAGGCAUUCAACUGAGGGAAAUACAGUAGGUAGUGGGGUUUUUUUUAAUGUUACAUUGAACAAAGGCCUCACGUUGAGAUAUGAGCCAUUUCUGCUCGGUCUGGAGCGAUGCAGUUCACCAGAGAUAUUUAGAAAUCUAAACUUCAAAACAUGCCUUUCUGUCCAGCAUAAGUGCAGAAGUCACACUCUUUCUUCCACGUGGCCUAGCAUAUCAUUGAGAAGUAUACAUAUGUACACAUGCAUUGAAGUUUGCAAAAAGAGCUAUUACUGUAAAUCAUGGCAAUGGUGGGCACCUGGGUCCUUUCUUUUUGGCAUGCUACUUCUUUGGCGUGAGUAGGGCAGUUGCAAUUCUUGCGGGCAUUCAAAUGUUGCAAAUGGAGGUGGUGGGAAUGGAGGUCAUAGAUUUGUGUGGCUUUUCCUCAUCUUGCUCCCCAAAUACAAAAAGUUUUCAGAACUCCAGAAUGCCUGCACCCUGCCCAAGUAAUAACGGUGUAGGCUCUGCAAUGGUGUAGACAAUGGGCCACAUUGUCUAUAUACACUGGUAGAAAACAGGCAGCACAUUAAUUAGAUCGAUAUGUUCAAAGCCCAUGCUAGCUAGGGCUGAUGGGAAUUGUAGUCCAAAACAUCUGGAUGGCACUAGAUGUGUGUAGGGAGGAAAGCUGGUCUAGUAACCAUCUGCUUAGAGAGACAUCUCUUCAGACCAUCUACCCACCUUUCUGCCGCAAAUUAAACCAUGCCAUCUAUACCGUAACAUGUAGACUACAGGGGGAGAAAACACACACACACACACACACACACACACACACACACAGCAAAACUGUGAAUGUCUUCCAGGUGCCUGUGGCAAGUGAAGGCACGCUAACAUUUCCCUCCCGUUGGUAUCCAACUACCCAGGGAUAGGAAAUGGGUAAUUUCUUCAUAUAUUAAAAUAUUCUUAGUAUAUUAAAGGUGCUGACUUUUAAGCCCUAAACGGCCUCGGCCCAGUAUACCUGAAGGAGUGUCUCCACCCCCAUCAUCCAGCCCGGACACUGAGGUCCAGCUCCAAGGGCCUUCUGAGGUUCCCUCACUGCAAGAAGCGAGGUUACGGGGGACCAGGCAGAAGGCCUUCUCGGGGGUGGUGCCCACCCUGUGAAACACCCUCCCUUCAGAUGUCCAGGAAAUAAACAACUGUCUGACUUUUAGAAGAAGUUUAGGGAAGUUUUUAAUGUUUGCUGUUUUCUCGUGUUUUUAAUAUUCUGUUGGGAG